AGUGAUAGGCUGGCGGCGGGGCUCUGGCGAGCGCGCGUGGGGCUAUAGUCGCUGGGGCCGUAGCUGUCGGUAGUGUGCUGUGCGGAGCGGAGCCGUGAGGGACAUGGUGGGCUCCAGCGAGGCUAGCGGCCAGUCCUGGAAGGGCCGGUACUACCGGCUGGAGGAGGUGCAGAAGCAUAAUAACAGCCAAAGCACCUGGAUUAUCCUGCACCACCGUAUCUACGAUGUCACCAAGUUUUUGGACGAGCACCCAGGUGGUGAAGAGGUCCUCAGGGAGCAAGCUGGAGGAGAUGCUACUGAGAACUUUGAAGAUGUUGGCCAUUCCACAGAUGCAAGGACGCUGUCAGAAAGUUUUAUUAUCGGAGAACUUCAUCCAGAUGACAGAGGGAAGCUUCAGAAACCAACAGAAACACUUAUUACCACCGUUCAGUCUACUUCCAGUUCAUGGUCCAACUGGGUGAUCCCAGCCAUAGCAGCAAUUGUUGUGGCCCUGAUGUAUCGUUCCUACAUGUCAGAGUAAGCGCCUUACUGAACUAGAAGAGCAAGAAAAGACUGAUCUGGGAGAGAACAUGAGCAAUCCUAACCCAAAAGCCUGAUUUCUGAAGAAAAGUUCAGUUUGCUGAAAAAUGUUGAAUAAUUCUUUUCUGCCGUGCACUUUUCUUAAUGUUGCCUUCUUUAUUUGCUGUUCUGAAGUAAUAAAAAGGUAGCAUUUCUCUUUUUGUAUAACAACUUUACCCAAAUUAUUGGAUAACUGUAUUGGUUCCUGUGUUAGAAUAUUGCUUUGUAUGUAACAGUGAUUCUGGUUAUUUCUCUUUAAUCUGUAAUGGGAUCCAUAGGAUUCACUUUAUACAUUUUACAGCUUUAAAUGACUACCAAAACUGUGUACAGGUAUUUGUCCAUGUAUACAACUUUUACUUAAAAUCACACUGUCUCCUUCAACAUAGUAAUGCUAAUUAAAAGUAAUGGAAAAGGCUUAGUGGAGUAGUGGUUAUAGGUGCCUCUAAGAUCCUGGGCUCUACCAGUCAGGCUAUAAUAAGCUGAUUCUUCCUUUGUUUCUUUUCCUAUGACAUCUGCUUUUAGAGUUGUAGCUACUCCUACAAUCAAACUGUUCUGUUCGGUUCCUAUUGAUAAAUUCAGGUGAAACAUGAAACAAAGUGUUUGGCCCAGUUUUUUUCUGUCUCAGUUUUGUGAAAAGUAGAUUUUCUUUUUCUUCUGAUAUUAAAUACUGUUCUUGCCAAGCACUCAGGUGAUUCCAGAACUUGUUCUGGAACUUUUAGACUUUCAUAAAAAUCUUCAUCUUUCUCAUGUACAUUAUGAGAGGAAAAACUGAUACAUGGAAUCUGUUUCUGACUGUUCUUUACUACAAGGAAGUGACUAUUUUUGGUGGUAAAUACCACAUAACUGAAAGUUCACAUGUUUGUGGGGAACACUUUUAGUCAUAAAUGAUCAUGAAUAAAAGUUUAAUUGCUUA